AUGAAUUUCGACCAUGAAGAAGAAAAUAUACAUAGUAAAAUUUCAUCCAUAGUCGAAAUGAUACAAAAAACAAAUGAUUUGAAGGGAGAUGAAAAACUUGAACAAAUUAAUCAGAUAUUGAGCGAAGUCGAAAAAGUAUAUACUGCCAUCGCUGAACUAAAAACAAGUAUUUCUCUAUUUUCACCUACUGAUGUCGAAGAAUCAGAGCAUAAAAUCAAAAUGUUAGAGUUCGAAACAAAUGAUUUAGAAAUCAGAGCAAAAUUUCUUAAACAGAAGCAUUUAGUUUUAGCAAGUUCAUCUUCAGCUCCAAAUUUACACGAUCUUGAUUUCUCUGAAAUGAUCUCUCUCGAAAACUUAAAAAGAUCUUCUGAUGUUGGCAUUAGUACACUUUCGUCAUUACGUGAAGCACACAGUAUUCUUGAAAAGUCAAGUGAAAAUGUCAACUUUCUUCAAACAACAAUUACUGAAACAGAAAUGCAAGUUACACUGCUCGACAAAAUCAACAGCGUUACAAAAAUUAUAUUAAGAUUGAUUAUAGUUAUAGAAAUAAUCUUUAUAUUAUAUUAUUUGUUAUUUAAAUAA